AUGCAUCCUCAACCUAAUUCUUUGCGCAGCCUCAUGGAAUAUGAGACCAGGGAAACAGAAAGGGGCAACUUGGUUCAACCCUCGGAGGUGGCUUCUGAGGGCAAGGCAGUUGCUGAAGAGGCGACCCCAGGGAGAAGAGGAGGGAGCAGCUGUGGUCGUGGCCCACCAGUGAUAGGCAGUUACGUGACAAAGAAUUUCCCCGAUGGGGUGAGAACCCUCCUCGGGAAGGUCGUUUCCAGUGGAGGUCGAUUCUUUGCGGCCGUCUAUGAAGAUGGUCGCCGGGAGGAGCUCGAACUCUGCGAGAUUCGAAGGAUGCUACUACCAUCUCCUGUGGACGACGCUUUGGAAGAGGAGCUGGUGCUCAGGAAGAGGAAGCUUGAGGAGAUAUUGUCUGGGGGGGGGACGUGCGCCCGGUCGAGCAGGAGGAAGGUUGACCCAUUGACAGCGCGGGCUUCAGCUGCGGCGGCGACCACUGCCGAGGGAACGGAGAGAAGAGGCAGACAUCUUUCUGGUUUGCUCGUCGAGGAGGAUGUCGAUUCUUCUACCGAUUCUUGUGAAUCCAUCAGUGCCCCGACUUGUAACCCGGCGUUACCGCAGUCCAUGCCAUUGCAAGCAUUAGCCCUGCCCCCUUCUUCCGGUAACAUUGGCAUCCCAGAGGAAUCUGUCGGAUGCCUUCUCUCCGUGUACAGCUUCCUAAGGACGUUCAGUACGCAGCUGUUUCUUAGCCCCUUUGGACUCGACGAUUUCGUUGGUUCACUCAACUGCAUCAAUCAGAACUCGCUUUUGGACUCCAUCCACGUUUCACUGAUGAGAGCUCUGUGGCGUCAUCUUGAGGUUCUUUCCUCUGACGGUGAUCAGGCUGCUUCGAGAUGCUUGAGGUGUGUGCCGCAAAUUUCGUCCCCUGCCUAUCUUCAUUACAUCAUUUCCAUGGUUUGUCCUGCAUUCUGUCCUUUUCUGCUAAUAAAUGUUAGAGUUCGGCAGGUAUUUUGAUUGGACAAUGCUGGACACCCUGACUUGGCCAGUCUUCGCGCUGGAAUAUUUCUACUUGAUGGGUUGCAUUAAAGGCCCGGACUGGAAGGGAUUCCGAUACGGCAUUACAGAUAAAGAAUACUGCAGUUUGCCUGCCACCAUGAAGCUGAGGAUUCUUCAGAUCUUGUGUGACGCCGUUUUGGAGUCUCGUGAACUAAGAAGUGAACUUGAGACGCGGGAAGAUAUGGAUGAGGAAGGGGAAUACUUCACUGGCAUCAGUCCCCCUCAAGCUAAUUUGAGGAUGGUGCAUUCCAGAUAUUUCAGGACUCCCACUCGCAGGGACUUGCAGAUGUUGGAUGGUGCCAUUGCACCUGAGGAGUCCACUUCGAGCUCUAAUAAUCUGUCCACUGACGCAGAUAUGCCUAAUCCUUCUAAUGAUGGGAACUCUGACGAGUGCCGGCUUUGUGGAAUGGAUGGAACCCUAGUAUGCUGUGAUGGUUGUCCGUCAGCAUACCACUCGAGGUGCAUUGGAUUGAUGAAAGCUUCUCUACCUGAUGGGCCGUGGUAUUGCCCUGAAUGUGUGGUCAACCAGAUUGCACCCACUUAUGCCAAGAUUGGAACGGGGAUUAGAGGAGCAGAAAUGUUUGGCACUGAUCCGUAUGGGCGGGCAUUUAUGGGCACUUGCAAUUACCUCCUUGUGUAAGUCACUCAUGCUGCUGGUGCCUACUAUCUUUUCUUUGAUUAUCCUUUACUUUUUUUAUGCUCUACUCUGAGUUUCGUGGAUAAAAAGGUGAUUUUGUUUGGUCAUGUGAGGGAACUCAUAGCUUGCUUACCAAGGCUAAAGUUUAGUGCGGACUAAGGUUUAACUCAUUCUGUACCUAGUUUCCAUAUGCAUCCAUCCUUUUAAGAAGAACAUAAUUUUUUUUGUUGUUGCUUGAUUUAGGAAACUUGUGUGGCUGUCUUUCAGUUAGUAGCUGCCUAAGGGUCCUUUUCCUUGGUUCCAUUUUACCGUGGCAUUUCACCUUAUCUUAUGAAGUAACCCCACCAAGCUAAUCAAUUGCUCUUAUCGCUGCUGUCUAAGGCUUCCUUGUUCUCAUGAUGGUGUGAAAAGACCUAAUUGAAACAUGAAAAUCAGGCCAACUUCCUAUUUAGAUUAGCUGUGGCAUUGUCUUGAAUGCGGUUAUUGCUGUAUGUGUUGUAAAUUACUUGUUAGAUCAUUAAACCCAUUGUCUGUGUUCAUACGCCAAUAAUGCUGAGUAGAAUUUUCUCAUGCAUUGUUGAUGCUCACCUAUCAUUGUCUUCUCUCACGAGUCAUGAGAUUCAUCAUCAAUACGUUCGAACUGUUUCUGGAGACACUAAAACGCCUUUGUUUUUACCUCACUGCCUGUUAUCUUUGAAUAUUCUAAAACUAUGCUAAUGCUUUGUUUCGAUAGUUCUUAUAAAAACAAUGAUAAUGAUCAUUCUCACCUCUCAAGGUUUCCUCUCGAACUUUCCACUGGCUUACUUUAUUUUUUAGGCAUGGUGUCAUUUUGACUCCUUUUUGUUUUGUCUUGUCAUUUAUGUAUAAUUUAAUGGCAGCCUUGAAGCAUCGUCAAAUAUUGAGCGAGUUUCUCGAUAUUAUGAUCAGAAUGAUGUUCCUAAGGUUCUUAGGUUGGUUUGCUCGGCAGAGGAGUAUUCAUCCCUGUAUGCUGACAUUUGCAAAGAAAUCGCAAAACAUUGGGCGGUUCCUAUGGAUGAAAAUUGCUUACAACCUGAGCGAAAUGGUUCUGCUGUUACCCUUCAGAAGCAAGAUUCUAGAGGAGUGAAAUUUUUGUGUGACUCAGCUGGAAAAACAGAUAUUAAUAUAAAUGCUGACAGAGAAAAUGUUAGUACUAUAACUCGGAGUACUGUAGAUAACAGGGCGCUGUCAAAUCUUGAUGGUGAUUUAGUGCGAGUUGUGGUCAAUGACUCAGAUUCUGUAAACCAAGUGGAUCUUUCAAAAACUAAGAUGUUUUUCAAGGAAACUUUUGACAGCUAUGUCAAAAAAUUGACAGAAAGAGCAAAUGAUGCUGUGACCGUUGUGAGGCGCAACCAGUUUUGUUCUGCAAUUGCAGAUGAUGUAGGACAAAAGGUUCAGGAAUGUUCACAUGAAAAGUCACCUCAGCGGAUUGAAAAUGAGUCUGGUUUAUCUUUCAGGUCGUUUAGUCAGCCAACUGGUCUCACUGAUUUGAUCCACCAAAGAUCUAAUGACAAAUCUUCAAUGUUAAAUUUUGGGUGCACUUCACGAAAUGGAAAUGUUGCCUUCAGGGAUGAUGCAGAUAGUCAAGUUUUAGCUUCAUAUGGCGAUCGAACCAGGAUGUCUCAUGGUAGCUUAGUGGACAAUUGUGUUCAUGGUGGGAAAAGUAGAGAAGAGACGAAUGGGAACUUGAUCUUGGGAAUUGUGUUCAAUCCUCAAGCUUAUUCCAACCAGUAUGUACUUGGUGAUGUUGCUGCAUCUGCAGCUGCAAGUCUGGCUUCUCUUGCUCUGGAAGAGAGUACGUCAGUGAUUCAUGCAUCAUACAGCCACCGGAAGGUUGUAUCUGCUAACAUAGCUAUGCAAUUGAAAGCCUUUUCUAGAGCAAGCAUGCGUUUUAUAUGGACAAAUUCUGAAAAGAAGCUUAUGGAGAGUCCACGUGAAAGAUGUGGUUGGUGCAUUGCUUGCAAGGGAGCAACUAUCAACAAAAAGGGCUGCUUGUUAAAUCUAGCUUCUGCAAAUGCUGCAAAAGGAGCUGUCAGAGGCCAGGCAAGUAACCGUCCAAUAAGGAAGAGUGAGAGCCACAUAUCAGCCAUUGCAACCCAUAUCUUGAAUAUGGAAGAGCAUUUGUAUGGUCUAAUUCUUGGGCCAUUCGCUGAUGCCAAAUAUAAUAAACGGUGGCGCAUGUUGGUCAGAGAGGCUUCAACGUGUGGGGUCCUGAAGUUACUGCUACUUGAGGUGAGUUUACUCUUCUUAAAUGGCCAUAGCUGUAUUUUUUGUUGGGUUGUUUGUCGUGCAUGAAUAUACACAUAUAACCUGCAGUUUUGUGGUUUCUCUUUUAAAACCACAGCAAAUUCAUGAGCUACAAUCAGUUUCAAAAUGGAGUAGAAGCUUACAGAUCACAUCUUAGAAAUCAUCAAGAUUCUUGUCAUGAAUAAUCACGUACCAUAGAGAAUAAAUCAAAAUUUCAACUUGACCCAGUUUUAAAAAUUUCCAGUGCGGCCUAAUGAAAUCUGAUUCGAAUUCGGUUUGACUUGUCACAUUAUGUGUAAACAAUGUUUUUAGCAGCAUUGGGUUUAAUGCCCUCCCCUCCAUUGAAAUGCAAUCUCUAAGGUUUACAUUUUGUGAACCACGCAUGAAUUAGUUAGGGUAAUUUUAAUUUUGGUCUGCGUAUGGUAUCCAAGUGGCUUUGUUGGAAAAAUAAAAGGCGUUUGAAGGGUUGUUUUCUCGUUUUCCACAGCUCUAAUUCUUCUCCUUCUCUGGAUCUUUGGCUAAGACCUGACAUUGAUUUAUUUUCACUCGUUAAUAUCGUAAAGACAUCAGAUCUUGAAAAUUUGCGCAACUUGAAUAUCUGAAUUCGAUGUUACAAGUAGGAUUAAACUCCUUCAGCAACUUGAUGUAAAAACUUUUACAAUCUUUAAAAGCGUGUUUGCUAGGACAUCAGUUCAACUGCUUGGUUUCUCAAACUUGGGGAUUCGAGUUACCAAAACUUACUGAGAUUGGUGAGAAGGCUUAGUGUUGACAACGAGGGUGAAAACUACCGAAUAACAAGUUAUCAUUUCAUAUCUAUUCCACAUGGACGUGAACAUUACCUUCCUAUGACAAUACACACAAGAUAUGUAAGAUUCUGUUCUCUGAACGGUUGUGUACACAUAAAAACAAUGCGGGGCCUGGAUCAAGUGGCGCCCAGACUUGUAUGGAAGCUUAGUUCAACUGCAUGUCGCAGUGGCAACAAGCUGCUGUUGUUCCUACUAUUCUGGGUGGAAGAAAAAUAUGGUCUGCAGCAAUGGCAGUGUUCCGAAUACUAUUAUGAUAAAUCUGUUUCAAUCAGAUGAUUGUAUGGCUAAGAUUAUUUGUGCAUUUGGUUCAAUUUACCUGUAAAGAAUCCUACCUUCUGUAAUUCAAUUUGCAGUCCUAAUUGGGCUUAGGCUUAAGAUUAUUGUUCUUUUCUCUAUCAACUGGCAAGAUGGAAGACCAAACGAUGGUUGAUCGUAGGUCCAUUGGUUUGCAAGGAAAUGAUGCAGUAGGUGUUGUACCUUAGUUAUGUGCAAGAGAACCGUGUCCAUUCUGUUCCAGGGGAUCCUUCAGACCUUUAUCCUAUAUUGCAAACAACUCGUUUGAAAUUUACAAUGGGAUUUGUAAUUUCAGCGUGGUCAACAAGUUAGUAAACAGGAUGGUUCAGUUAGUAUCUGACAGAAACUGAAUUUGGAAACAAAUCCGGAUGUUGUUAGUUGAUGUCAGACUAAAUUGCAUUGAGGGCACCUGUGAACAAUACAGGUCCCUUUUCCCUGUGUGACUGGUUUCCCCCUAAAUUUAUGACAUUUGACGCAGAUUUAUUCUUGACUGUUUUUUUCUGCUCUAGCCGACUUUAUAUUUAUUUUUGGUUUGAAUGUGCUGUUGCCUUUUCCCCAUCUCUUCUUCUCCUUAUGACUGUUUUUUCUGCUCUAGCUGAUUUUUUAUGUUCGUUUCGAAUUAUGAACGUACAUAAACAUAGCUCAUCUGCCUCUGUAUUUGUUCUCUUUUCGAUCAUUAACAUUGUAUUCUGUUUUCUGCAGCUUGAAAAGAACAUUCGUGGUAUUGCUUUUUCUGCGGACUGGUUUAUGCUCUUUGAUGAUUGGCUCGUUGAGUUCCCAGCAGCUCAUGCUAGAAGAGGUGUUGUUAUGCCGAUACAGAAGCGUGGACCUGGGAGACCGAGGAAGACACCUGCAGCAUCUGAGACAACGCUUUUGCCUGAAGUGGAAAGCUCGAAUGAUAUCUAUUGGUGGCGGGGGGGGAGAGUUUCGAGGAUACUCUUCCAGAGAGGGAUAUUGUAUCGCUCACUAGCUAAAAAAGCUGCUCGUCAAGGUACAAAUUAUUGUUAGAUCACAAAAUUCUUUCCUAGUUAAUAAUCGUUCGCUUGAUCAACCAUGGCAAUUUUCAUUAAUCUGGAUUCAUUAGGAGCUGUUUAAGCUUCGGAGGAGUUUUGAGCAAGGUGUAUAUAUUUGGUUGGAUUGCCUUGGAAUCACCCAACAUAAGUUAGCUUGUCUGGAAGUCCACUCUUUGUUCAUCUUUUGUGAUGUUUGAAUGUUUUUGUGGCAUAUCUAGAUCCCUGUCUGAAACAUGACGAGUUGGACUUAUGACAGCCAUCCAAAGUGCUAUAACAAAAAAAUAAUUAUCUGAGUUUAGUGUCCGGUUUCGGUCAAUCAUGUUUUAAAUAACGUCUUGACUUGAUCGCCUCAUAUCAACCAUUGCAUGGCCCUCCCUUGAUAUCUUAGGCAUUCCAAUCUUGAUGCCUGCUACCAUCUCAAGUAUGCAUCGUACUGCUUCUUCCUCCACCUAUUUCUCAGUCACUGUCACAGAAAAUGGCCUAGGCAAGGGCCCUUCUUUGUCCCUGCAUCUCUUCCUCUGUGCUGUUUGACCUGCUUAUUUGCAAUCUCUCUCUCUCUCUCUCUCUCUCUCUCUCUCUCUCUCUCUCUCACUCUACGCGCCCCCCCUCUCCCAAUUGAGAUGUUUAUCAUCUCUCCUCCUUUGCCUGUUUGACCUUGCAUGAUUAUGGUCGGCCCCAUGUGUCCUCCGUUCCCUCCUACUCGAUUCUUCUUCCCCAUUGCCUCUUUCCUUGAAUCCCCCCCUUCCUUACAGAAGUAUGUUGAGAAGUUGAAGCUUGCUUCCCUACUUUGCAACUUACUCAAGAUGUUAGUGGUAGCGUGAAGAGGGGGUGGGUCAGCUAAGGCAUAAGAUACUUUUUCCACGUUUGCAUCAUGCGCAAUGGUGGUUCUAUAUAUGAAUGUCUCCGUGGUGUUGCUUUUAUUUUUCACAUGUUGCAUUGAUAACCUGGAUUAUGCUUUGUUCUGAAUAUUUUCUGGCUGCUCUUAAAGGUGGUCUGAAAUGUAUCUGGGGAAUCAACUACUCUUGGAACUUAAAUAAUCCUAGGACUAAGCAGUUUGCUUGGAGAGCUGCUGUGGAAAUGAGCAGGAGUGCAGCUCAGCUUGCUCUCCAGGUCAUUCCUUUGUCAUGUCUUCGAGAAAUGCUCAUUCUUAUUUGAAAAAAUGAUGAUUUUUCCGUGGUUAACCUUUUUUCUGAUUGCGACUGUAUCAGGUCAGGCGUCUUGAUGCUCACAUAAGAUGGAAGGAUCUUGUUCGUCCGGAUCUAAUGCCUUCAGAGGGUAGAGCAACAGAAAGUGAAACUUCUGCUUUCAGAAAUGCAGUCAUCAGUGGGAAACAGGUGGUGGAGAACAAAAUAAGAUAUGCACUGGCUUUUGGUGGACAAAGGCACCUUCCUUCAUGCGUGAUGAAAAAUGUCUUGGAAGUUGAGACUGAUCAGGAUGGAAAGGAGAGGUUGUGGUUUUCUGAAAAUAAUGUUCCGCUGUAUCUGAUAAAGGAGAACGAAGAGAAUGGAAAAGGUGUUACAUUGGUCACCCAUAAGAAAGUUACUCGAAGAUAUUUACCAGAAUUUCAGAGACGGCAGCUAAAAUCCUUUCGGAGGGAUAUUUUCUCGUAUCUCUUUCAUAAGGUGGAGAGGCCAAUCAGGUGUUCCUGUGCUUCAUGCCAUCGUGAUGUGCUAGUCGGGUAUGCUUUCUUACUUCUUGAUUCAUGAUAAUAACUCUUUGGACAUGCGAGUUUCUGACAGGUUCUCACUUCUUUUGUCUAAUUUUCUGUCACCAGGGAGGCUGUCAGGUGCAGUGCUUGUCAAGGUGAUCUUUCUCCAGCCCACAAUUUUCUUCUGUAUUUUUUGCUUUGGCCUGCUGAAGGCUAAUGAUAACUGUAAAAGAAGCUAAAACAUUUUAACUUCCUAAUUUUGCGUUAUUAGGUUAUUGCCACAAGACGUGCCUCGUACAUUCCUCUGCUUACAUGAAAGUUGAUCCAGAAGGCGCUCCUCUGUGUAACCAAUGCAACGUCGCCCUGUGCUCAGUAGUCGUCAAGAAGGGAGAGUGUGUAAAUGGUCAGAUGUCUUCUCUGAAAAUAACCCAGUCCGACAGUACGGUGGAGAAAUAUUAUGGCUGCCCCAUCCCGUUUCCAGCCGUUCUCAGCCCGGGCGUGCAAUCCAAGACGCGACCUCGUGCUUCGAAGUCGGAGCCAAGACAUAGACGAUCAGUGUUUCUCAACCAUGGCCUUGUAUGGAAGAGAAAGAAUGAUGUUGAAAGCGGUGAGCAGUUCAGGCUCAGGCACAUCAUCCCUAGAGGUGGUGGGGACAGUGAUCCUCUGAGAAGGCCCAUCUGUACCCUAUGUUUUAAGGAUUACAAUCCGUCCGCAGUGUACAUCCGCUGCGAGAAAUGCUCACGUAAGGCUAUCGUGCGAGAUUCCACUUGUUGCCUGUACGUGGACUUUAUAUCAUCCUCUCACCGGUGUGGUCUGUUAUUUCAUUUCUUCUGCAGAUUGGGUACAUGCGGAUGCCGUGUUGCUGGAGGAAGACCAAAUGUCGAACUUGAUAGGUUAUAAAUGCUGCAAGUGUCGCAGGAAAAGCUCACCGAGGUGCCCUUAUGAAGAUCCCAACUACAAGAAGCCAGAAAGAAGCCAAAGCGGUGUGGCGCUGUCAUGGUCUCAGGGCGAAUUGCAGCUUCCGAAGCCUAUUGGGGUCGGACAGGUGCAUCACCUGUCCUCAGUCAAUGGAGUCGGAUCUGUUGCAGAAGUUAUGCUGGUGGCCGCCGAGCAGGGACUGGAUUUCAGGGUUUCUCCGGGGCGAACAUGCCCAGAACGCGUUCAUCCGGUGGCUGAGGAUCAGAUAUCAGAGGCCUAUGCCUUUUAUCCGGCGCAGGAGGCCCCUAGACCGCCAUUUUCACAGCAGAGGGGCUCAAGCACUCCCGGAAUGGCCUUCUGCAGCGUCGAAGACGCCAGUGCUGCACAUCUCGGAAACCAGCUGCUCAACUCGGCGGGAGUGAAAUUGGAAGACAUGGAAUCGGAGCCUCCACAGACCUACUUCUCAUUCACAGAGCUGUUGGCUUCUGAGGAUGACCACCUGGACGAACUGCUGGAUAUGCCGAUUGGUAACGUCUCAGGCAGCUGGGCGGAAGCCAAUGCGGACGCCAGGAUUGUACCCCAGGGCAUGGCCAUGGACACCGAUGCUGGGAAAGGUAUGGAGGAGCCGGUUGCCAGUCUUCCUGCCGUCGGUGAUGUGCCUUGCCAGAGAUGCGGCAGUAGCGACCCCCCUGGGGACCUCACUUGUGAAACCUGUGGACUUAGCGUGCAUCGUGCUUGCGCGCCGUGGACCGCGGCGGCCGACACAUCUGCCGGCGGUCAAUGGAAAUGCGUUGGCUGCCGGGACUGGGAAUAG